CAUUUGUCUCGCAGGUCUCUGUCAGGGGAUUGCUCGUCUCCAACAUGCUUCUUCUCCUCCUGGUUCUCGCGACUGCAGUUAGCCUGCUGCCAGGUGUGACUGCCCAAUUCGAACGGACAUUGGACAUCACCGAGUGUCCCGUCAAGUUUUACGGAACGAAUUACACCACGCUGUUUGUGAACAUCACGAACGGUCGAGCCGCGCUCUGCUUCAAGGCCCCUUACGUCGAUGGGGAACCAAACGACUGUCUGAUUAUUAAUCGAACAGAGGCGGACCGAGAAGUGUUUUACUCCCCAAACACCACUACUUGUGACUCCCAAGGAAACUUCAUUCAUUGUAACGCAACAGCACACCUCCACGCCGUCCCUCAAAUAAACGACUACUGUGUGCAAGGUGCCAUCUGCACUGUGACUGGCUCCACAAUCAUCGAUUACUCGGACAACUCCACCUCCGUGGACGAUCGCUGCGCCUACACUUUGUUCUCCAAUUCAAGCGUCCACGUGGUGGGCGUUUUCAAGGAACGUCGUCGAAAAGACGUCAUGUUUUUGGACCGUGUCGUCAUGGAGCUGCUGGACUAUGACUACGUCAUUCAACUGGGACCAGGUGUGAAGGUUCUGGUGAACAACACCUAUGUGAACAUCAGCAGUGUGUUUGAAGAACAUGAAGGUUUGGACCUCCACCAGGACCAGACUGGAGUCACAGUCACCAUUUAUCAGUCUGACUACAACAUUACUGUCUUCUUUAACGGAGACACAGCUCAGAUCCUCCUAACACAUCCAUGGAUGUUGGCAGGUAGGUUUCUCCUCAUUUCCAGCUUUGAGGGCCUGAUUUACUAA